GCGUUGUCUGACUUUUCUCGAAGCAUUCUCCUUCUUCACAGCCAUUGCAAUGUGAUGUUUCUUGCCAGCAUUCGAUCCAGAUCGUACUCUCCGUUUAUCAGGAUUGCGAGCGCGGAUUUGAGCUUUGCUGGUCUGAGCCUUCCGAGAGCUCUCGCCGGUGGAUUCCUGUGGGUCCUGCUUUAACAGGAUCUGUGACGUCCUGAAUAACGCUAGCUUGUAAUAGACUUUCCAGCGAGGUACUUGGUGCACGGAAUAACAUGUCGACUGUGGUAAUUGACGUUGGUUUGAAUAAGUCUUGGAGGGCCUUGAAGGUUCUGGAGAUAUGAAGAAAAUGAUAUCAGCGGGUUUCCCAUCUGUAUUUCAACGAUCUCGAAAGGUCCAAGCAAAGCCCUGUAGUGUUCUGUGGACGAGCUUUGGCAUGUUUACAGGACAAUGUGGAAGUGAUGGACAACGCUUAAGCGCUUCAACCGCGAUAAUGAGUGGCCAUUGCCUAAAUAUGGGUCCGGUCGGGCCGGCUUCAUCCAAAAAAUCGUCGGCAAACGAGGUCAACCACUUUGAAGCGUGCUUACUGGCAAAGCUUGAGACGGUAAAAGCUGGGUCAUGUCACACAGGAGCAUAUAUCGCAGUGUAGUAAGAGAGGUUCACAAAGCUAGCAUCAAAGCCCCUUCGAGUAGAAACAAGGACAUAGCUGCUAGUUUCCGAGAAAUCUUCGACGGUCGAGAUAAGGCUAGCGAUCCAAAGGCAUUUGAUUACGACUUGCAAAAUACCAUCACGUUCAUGCGUUCACAGAGGAUGUACAAGGAAUUGCUGGACAGAUAUAAUCCCCUUUUCGACCUCACUGCAGAAGAACGGAUCGAAGCAACGGCUCGUAGAGUUGGACUGAACAUGCCCGUAACCGUAACUCCGGAUUCUGGAAAGGAAUAGAUAUGCGCGUGUGCCGCAUGGAGCUUGAGCCAGGAUGGUCCGUAGCUGACGCACUCACUGAACCAUUCGCAGGGCAUUAUCUUCGUCUUUGGUAUUUCAAUAGGACUCCUAGUUUGCAUUGGCAUAGAACUUGUUCUGUGUUUCUGGCAGCUGCGCUCAAUCCAAAUCAGAAGAGAAGGCCACUGCUAUUCAUUAGCUUUAUUGCACCUACAUUACUAUCGCAUUGUACCCAUCUAUAACGUAUAUCUUUUCCUGGUGAUUGAAUGAAAUACUGCAGUGGACUUGUGCUACCAGUACGGUGUUGGUCCAA